CGGCAGGCAGACGCGCCAGCACCAGCGUCGGGAACCGGCCUGCCAAAGCGGGAGGCAUGGCGGCUCCUUCCGGCGCUGCCAUUCGACACGUGGCGCCAGCGCAGACGCCGCUGUCCGGCUGCUCACCGUCGGUCAUAGGCAAUGCAGACGUGGAGAGCUCUGCAAAAGGACGCCACGUGUCUCGUCGGGAGAUGAGUUUAUCUGGCUCGGCUCUGAGCUCGCCGCAUGUUGCAGCCACGUGUCAUUCUCUUAAACGACCGGGCCGAACGCGGCGAGACCCGCCAUCGCCACUACCUUCUUCUUCCCCUCUUUCUUCUUCCCGCACUCCUUCUCUGUCUUCUUCCUCGCGAAACGGGCUGUUGCCCCGCUCCUUUUCCAAUAGACGUCAACGGAAAUCAACUAGAGCUCGGGCGCAAGCCAGUGAUGGCGAGGGCAAUGCCGAGAAGGCGGGGGUGGAAUCCAGGCCUAAGGGAAUUUUUAGCUUCGUCACCGAUAAUCCAUCCAGCAAGAGUGCCAUUCAGCUCACGGCCACCCCAGCGCAGGACGGCAACUUGGGACAGAUGAUAACGGCGUACUUUCGCCUAGAGAAGAAUGGAAAGGUGGAGAAGGUCCUCCAUUCUUUGACUCUCCUCGUGCAGGAUGACCUUCCUUUCGAUAUAGUGUUAGGAAUGGAUUGGGGAGAGGCAGCAGGGGCCACACUUCAUUUGAGAGAGCAUGAGUGUAGGCUCCCUAGCCCGUCAGGCGAGGUUAAGACUGCCCGCUUGUUCCAUGUGUCUGGUGUAGAUAACACCUUGACACAUUGCUGUCUCAGUGCUCCCGCAUUCGCGCGAUUAGUAAAGAAGGAGCAGUUACAAGACCAGGUCUUUGUAGUAUAUGUCAGACCUGUCACUGAGGCCCAGAAAAAGGAUAGUUCCACAGAUCCAACAAUUGCCAAGCUGCUGGAAGAAUUCAAAAACUUGACUGAGUCGCCGACAGGAGUAGUGUCGCGACCCAUCCAGCACAGGAUAGAGAUAGAGCCUGGCAGUAGAACUCCUAAGGGUGCAGUCUACAUGAUGUCCCCUAGACAGUUAGAGGAGCUCCGCAAGCAGUUAGACGAACUUCUUGAGAAAGGUUGGAGCAGGCCCAGUUCGUCUCCUUUUGGAGCACCCGUUUUGUUUGUCCCCAAGAAGGAAGGAGAGCUUCGUAUGUGUAUAGACUAUAGGGGUUUGAACGCGAUCACAAUGAAGAAUGUUGAGCCGCUGCCCAGGAUAGACGAUCUUUUAUAUCGAGUGCAGGGUUGUAAGUAUUUCUCUAAGAUAGACUUAAAGUCCGGAUACCAUCAGAUAGAAGUCCAUCCUGGUGAUCAGUACAAGACUAGAUAUGGGCACUAUGAGUUUAUAGUGAUGCCCUUUGGACUGACCAACGCGCCAGCUACUUUUCAGCGUUGUAUGAAUGACUUGUUUAGACCAUGUUUAGAUAAAUUUGUAGUAGUCUACUUAGAUGAUAUCCUAGUUUUUAGUAAGACCCUCCAGGAGCACCAGGGUCAUCUGAGGCAGGUCUUGGAGAAGCUUAGAGAGGCUAACUUCAAGAUCAACGCGAAGAAGUGCGAGUGGGCCAAGACGCAAGUCUUAUACUUGGGCUACGUGUUGGACGGAGAUGGCAUUAAGCCAAAGGACAGCAAGAUCGCGGCGAUCAGAGAUUGGUUGACGCCCCGCACAUUGACAGAGUUGCGGUCAUUCCUAGGCUUAGCUAACUACUAUAGGAAGUUCGUGAGGAACUUCUCCACUAUCGCCGCUCCCUUGCGCAGGUUGUUGAAGAAAGAGACAAUCUGGCAAUGGGAUAAAGACUGUACGUCUGCGCUCAAAAAGUUAAAGCGCGCGUUAAUAGAGUAUCCUGUCCUCAAGGUUGCAGACCCGUCCUUGCCAUUUGUCGUCACCACGGACACGAGUCAGUAUGGGAUAGGCGCCGUGUUGCAACAAGAUGACGAAAAUGGCUAUAGACCCGUAGAGUUCAUGUCCGCGAGGAUGCCUUGUGAGAAAGUCGCUACCUCCACGUACGAAAGAGAACUCUUCGCCCUCAGGCAGGCUUUAGACCAUUGGAAGCACUACCUGCUUGGGAGGCACUUCAAAGUCUUCUCGGACCAUGAAACACAUAGAUGGUUGAAGACCCAGGCCAAGAUGACACCUAAGUUGACCAGGUGGGCCACAGAGAUAGACCAAUUUGACUUUGAGCUCAAGCCAGUGAAGGGCAAGUACAAUGUAGUGGCGGAUGCUCUAAGUAGGAGAUCAGACUACUUUGGAGCCGUAGUACAUUAUCUGGAUAUAGCGAGAGACCUGCAGGAGAAAGUGAAACAAGUGUAUACGCAUGACCCUAUCUAUAGCGACCUCCUAAAGAGAGUUAGAGAGRCCCCAGAGACCGAACCAGAUUACCGCACUACAGACGGGUUGCUGUUUGAUAAGACUAAUGUGUUUGACUGCCUGUGCGUUCCCAACAGCGAAGAGAUUCGUAGUCUAAUUCUAGGGGAAUGUCACGAUACCGAGGGACACUUCGGUUGGCAAAAGACGUUAGCCAAUCUGAUGCGUGCGUACACAUGGCCAGGGAUGAAGAACGACUGCAUAGAGUAUGUCCGCAGUUGUAAAACCCGCCAAGGGACAAUUACUACCCCUUAUACCGCUGAGCAGCAAGCAAAGAUGGCCGCCUUAGUGAAAGAGAACAGGGAGAGAAAAGAGCACGAGAAGCAAGCUAAGUUAAAGGCUAUCGCGGAUGAGCAGGCGGCGAAGAUGAAAGAGAUAGAGGAGGAGAUGGAGAGAAAGAAGAAGGCCGCUGAAGAAGAAGCGGCGACGGAGGAAGAGAAAGAAAGGAUGAGGAUUGAAAGCAGAGAAGGGAGCAGUGGCACGAAGAAGGACACAGACGUUGAGAUUGAGAAGAAGAUCAGCGAGUGGGUUGCUAACUUAUCGUUGGGGGAAGAUGAAGAGGCGGAGUCAUAUGUGACUGAGGAUGAGAAGGCCGCACUGGCUGCUGAGUUAGCAGCCAUGACGGAUCCUAUGGAGCGAAGAGAGAGGGAAGACGAGCAAAAGUUGCAGUGGAAGCUGAGAAUGAAGAGGGAGAAGAGGAGGAGGAGAGAAGAAGCGUACUUUCGCCUAGAGAAGAAUGGAAAGGUGGAGAAGGUCCUCCAUUCUUUGACUCUCCUCGUGCAGGAUGACCUUCCUUUCGAUAUAGUGUUAGGAAUGGAUUGGGGAGAGGCAGCAGGGGCCACACUUCAUUUGAGAGAGCAUGAGUGUAGGCUCCCUAGUCCGUCAGGUGAGGUUAAGACUGCCCGCUUGUUCCAUGUGUCUGGUGUUGAUAACACCUUGGCACAUUGCUGCCUCAGUGCUCCCGCGUUUGCGCGAUUAAUAAAGAAGGAGCAGUUACAAGACCAGGUCUUUGUAGUUUAUGUUAGACCUGUCACUGAGGCCCAGGAAAAGGAUAGUUCCACAGAUCCAACAAUUGCCAAGCUGCUGGAAGAAUUCAAAGACUUGACUGAGKCGCCGACAGGAGUAGUGUCGCGACCCAUCCAGCAUACGAUAGAGAUAGAGCCUGGCAGUAGAACUCCUAAGGGUGCAGUCUACAGGAUGUCCCCUAGAGAGUUAGAGGAGCUUCGCAAGCAGUUAGACGAACUCCUUGAGAAAGGUUGGAUCAGGCCCAGUUCGUCUCCUUUUGGAGCACCAGUUUUGUUUGUCCCCAAGAAGGAAGGAGAACUCCGUAUGUGUAUAGACUAUAGGGGUUUGAAUGCGAUCACAGUGAAGAAUGCUGAGCCGCUGUCCAGGAUAGACGAUCUUUUAGAUCGGGUGCAGGGUUGUAAGUCUUUCUCUAAGAUAGACUUAAAGUCCGGGUACCAUCAGAUAGAAGUCCAUCCUGACGAUCAGUAUGAGACUGCGUUCCGGACUAGAUACGGGCACUAUGAGUUCAUAGUGAUGCGGCACUGAUGCCCUUUGGACUAACCAACGCGCCAGCUACUUUUCAGCGUUGUAUGAAUGACCUGUUUAGACCGUGGUUAGAUAAAUUUGUAGUAGUCUA